UUCAAGAGGCUAAUGGGAGCCACAUUUUGAAGGACGCGUGCCAGAAUUAAAUUGUCCUCUGCUUCCGCGGUGGCGUCUCUCUCCUCUCUCGAUCUUGAUUCUGCUCUGUAUUGACAGUUUUUUUUUUUUAAAAAAAAAAAAACCCUCCCACUCUUCUGAAACCAAAUCCACAACUUUGCAUUUCUAAGAAACCAUUCAAUCGACUCCACUUCUGCACAUAUCUCAUAAUCAAACCUCUCCAUCCCUCAACGCCCAGUUUGCAUCUCAUCGUAGAUAUGGUGCUGCUUCUCGUUCUCUUCUCCAUCUUACUCACAUUUCUCAUCCACACAACAAGAAGAACCAGAGCUCAUCUCCCACCGGGUCCUUCCGGUCUUCCUCUCAUCGGCAAUCUUCUCCACCUUCCUACCUCUGCCCCACACCACUAUUUAUGGCAACUCUCCAACCAAUAUGGCCCUCUCAUCUUCCUGCGCCUUGGCAUCAAACCCACCAUAGUUGUUUCCUCUGCGAGAAUAGCCAGACAAGUCCUGAAAACUCACGACCUCGUAUUUGCUAGCAGACCAUCCUUGCUUGGUAUACGUACAUUUUCUUACAAUGGUUUAGACUUGGGUUUCGCUCCCUACAGUGAUCACUGGAGAGAAAUGAAAAAAAUCUCUGUCCUCCACUUCUUUAGCUCUAGACGCUUCCACUCUUUUCGUCCCCUUCGGGAAGACGAGGUUUUACUACUGAUUCGAAAGUUGUCUCAUUCUGCUGCUUCUAGCAGAGUAAUCAACUUGAGCGAGACAAUGAUGUCCUUCACAAGCACUUUAAUUUGUAGGAUUGCUUUCGGGAGGAGGUAUGAUGCAGGUAACGAAGUGACUGAGAGAAGCAGAUUUCACGGGCUGCUCAACGAAUCUCAGGCCUUGUUGGCGGAAUUUUACUUCUCAGACCAUAUGCCAUGGUUGGGGUGGGUUGAUAGACUCAGAGGACUUCUCAGUCGACUGGAUAAAACCUUCAAGCAGCUCGACAUGUUCUACCAGCAAGUCAUCGACGACCACAUGAACCCAGCAAAACCUCAAACCAACCAACAAGACAUCAUCGACAUCUUUCUUCAAAUAAUGGAUGCUCCUUCAUCCUCGUUUGAUCUAACUCUGGAUCACAUAAAAGCUUUCCUCAUGAAUUUAUUUAUAGCAGGAACAGAUCCAGGUGCCGUGACAGUAAUUUGGGCUAUGACCUCCCUGAUAAAGAAUCCAAGAGUGAUCAAAACGGUACAAGAUGAAAUCAGAAAUGUAUAUGGCGAGAAAGAUUUUAUCAGUGAAGAGGAUAUUGAGAAGCUUCGUUAUCUUAAAGCAGUGGUGAAGGAAACUCUGAGACUAUUCCCCCCUUCGCCGUUACUUUUGCCACGAGAAUCCAUGAAAAGGUGCGACAUAGAGGGCUAUCAAAUUCAACCAAAGACUCUGGUGCUCGUGAAUGCGUGGGCUAUAGCGAGGGAUCCAGAAACAUGGGAAGAGCCAGAAGAGUUCUAUCCAGAGAGAUUCUUAAGCUGUUCAAUAGACUUCAAAGGCAAUGAUUUUGAACUGAUUCCAUUUGGAGCUGGACGAAGGAUUUGUCCUGCGAUGCACAUGGCAAUGGUCACUGUGGAGCUUACACUUGCGAAUCUUCUUCAUUCAUUUGACUGGGAAUUGCCAGAUGGGAUUGGCAAGCAUGACAUCGACACAGAAGUCCUUCCAGGAAUAACAGUGCACAAGAAAAAUGACCUUUACCUAGUCGCCAAGAAUCACGUGGCAAACCACAUCAGCACCUAGCCAUUUAGGUUGUUCCCAAUCAUCAGCACCGAGAUCCGAAGAAUGCCCCAUGAAGUCUCGAAGAUAGGGCGUGAUCGAGAUGAGGUAGCAAAUCGACUUGCUAAGCAAGCUCUGGGACAGUCCACCCACCUGCAGAUUUUUAGCCGCAGAAGGAUGCACCUUCUUGAGUGAUGACGGACCUGCUCAAUUUGCUACUGUGCUGUCCCCCCCCCCCCCCCCCAAAAAAAAAAACUCUCUUUUUUCUUUCUGUCUUGGUUUGUUGCUGUAGUUGUUUGUUGCCCUCGCUCGGUGCUCAACGUGCAAAUAUAGUGUAUCUAAUUGAAGCGAUUACAUAUUUUAAUAGUAGAACAUGAGAUUCACGAUAA